CAAGAUUUGGGGAAUUCAUGGCAACGGAGCUUUUUUGAGGCUUAGGCUUAGGUUUUUUUUUUCUUUUUCCUUUUCGUUUCACAAGAGCCUUUACCUGAUCUUGACCUGACCUGACCUUUGAGUCCCUCUUUUUAAAAAUAGAAAUUGGUUACGCUAUCAAUCUACCUUGUAUCGACCAACCUACCAAUCUUGACAAACGCACCCCCACUGAGAACGAUCAACGAUUAACGAUUAACGAUCAACGACUAACGACCCGUUACUCGACAUAGAGUUGCAUCAUAUAUCAUCCUGACAUUGGUGGGAAGAAUAGACGUUUAGCUUAGGUGGAAUGUGAAAAGAAACUCCUGACCUUACGGCCGCCUACGACGCGUGCGCUGCCCCUCCUUCACGCUCCCCCCCCUCGACGAAUCUCGAUAGACGACCGCAACUAGGGCCUAGGGAGGGGAAGACGACAUUGUACACAACGUGGCCAUGGCGCCUAGCUCGGGGCAUGGCCCCAAUCCCUCCAACGGUUCCUCGUCUGCCGAUAGGCGUUACAGCGCCGUAAACGGAAAACCCCAAGCCGCCGUGGCGGCCAGACACGACAGAACACCCAAUACUCCAAGAAAGGAAAGCGGCGGGCGAGAUAAAGCUCUACAAGACCCAGGUUUAAGAGAUUACCGUCUAGGAGAAUGUCUAGGCAAAGGGGCUUUUGGCUCCGUAUACAAGGCCAUCCAUUGGGGCACCGGCGAGGCCGUGGCUGUCAAACAGAUCAAGUUGGUGAACUUACCAAAGAGUGAACUUCGAAUGAUUGAGGCCGAGAUCGACCUCUUGAAGAAUUUGAAUCACGAUAACAUCGUUAAAUACAUUGGGUUCGUCAAAUCGACAGACUGCCUCAAUAUUAUUUUAGAGUAUUGUGAAAAUGGUUCUCUACACUCGAUAUGCAAGGCGUACGGAAAGUUCCCAGAGAAUUUGGUUGGAGUUUACAUGACCCAGGUCCUCCAAGGUCUCCAGUACCUACACGACCAAGGUGUUAUUCAUAGGGAUAUCAAAGGCGCCAACAUAUUAACGACUAAAGAUGGCAAAGUCAAGCUGGCAGAUUUCGGCGUAUCGACUAGUACUCUCGCCGGACCCGAUAAGGAAGCUCAAGUUGUAGGAACUCCGUAUUGGAUGGCCCCCGAGAUAAUUGAGCUAUCUGGUGCCACGCCGGCUUCUGAUAUUUGGAGUUUGGGAUGCACCGUCAUUGAACUGCUAUCUGGCAAACCUCCAUAUUACCAUCUCCAGGCAAUGCCCGCAUUAUUUGCUAUUGUCAACGAUGAUCAUCCGCCUCUUCCUGAAGGUGUAUCUUCGGCGGCGCGUGACUUUCUCAUACAGUGCUUCCAAAAGGACCCCAAUUUACGUGUCUCCGCAAGAAAGCUUUUGAAGCAUAAUUGGAUUGUGGGCUGCCGUCGGAGUGACGCUCCGGUGGCCAAAGCACCUGGCAACUUCAGUCAGGCGGUCGAAGAAGUUAAACAAUGGAAUAAAGCUCUCACAUCUUCUGAAACCAACCUGAGAGCUUCUGGAGGAUCCGAUUCUUCAUUGCCUUUGCAUCACGGUCACCCAACAUCCCGAUUCACAUCUCAAGAUCAGCCUAGGUCCAACAUGCCGACACCCGCCAAAGGGCCCUUUCCUCUCGGAAAGCCAAAGCUCACCGCCGAGGACUUUCGGUCUCCUGAACUUGCAGAUGAUGAUAAUUGGGACGAUGAUUUUGCUACAACGUUUUCGCCGAAUGCUUUGAGACUUCCUAUGAAACCUCAGGAUCACUUUGGCGGGUUGCUUUCCGCCGACCGUCUGAAAGCUUUCGCGUCUAUGGAUAAUUCGCGUGAUAUUUCUGUUAAUUGGGACAAUGACUAUGACGGAGAACUUAUGACAAUGAAAAAGGUGCCGCCGAUCCAAGAGGAGGAUCCACAGGAGAAGACAAUCAGACCUAACUGGAAGAUGACACCCAAGCCUGAGAAGGCGGAUUCCAAGCCUCAACAAUCGAAGUCCUCCCCUCGCAAAAGAUCGACGAAUGGCCACCAGAGGGAGAAAUCCCAACCCAAGAGCCAACUUGGUGGGAAUAAGUUCGAACUUCCAUCGCGCCCCGAUCUAGUGUUUAGAGAACAGUCAAUCGAAGAUUACUCGGAUCUCUUCGAUGACAAUGACAGUGUUUUUAACCAACGAUUAAAUCUGGCGAAAAAGCCUGAGACACCUCAACUUUUCCACCCUUCAGAUCUUACUAGUUUGCCGCGAUCUAUGCAAUCACCCGUUUCGGGAACCUCGAGAAGGCAAUCUUCGGCGCGACCAUCAGUUCUUCCCGACCGUCCUAUGCAAAGGUCGAACUCGUCAAUUGAGAUCCAGAAAUUUGCCGAGGACGAAGAAGACGAGGAUUUCUCGGAUAUCUUUGGACUAGGUGGCAAUUUGGCCGAAAAGGAAGAGAGUGAUCGAGGAUCCGAAGACGGCAACUUGGUCCUGUCGCGAUUAUCUAGUAACUCUUGGCUCGGCGACGACGAGGACGAGGACGACCCUUUCGCGUCUAUGGAUCCCGAUUGGGACGAGAUGGAUUUAGAAGCAAACAUCGCUCGCGACCGAUCCGCGCGACUUGCCGAGAAGAUCGAAGAACUCGUCGGUUCGCUCAAGACGACCGAGGGUGAGGAUACACUUCUUGAACUUUCAGGAGACUUGCUAGGAUUGCUUUACGAACACAGAGAGGUCAAGAAUCUCAUCAUCAGUGCUCAUGGAUUACUUCCUAUUCUCGAGAUUCUUGAGCCAUGUACCGCCAAGAGCAAGCAGCGAAUGAUCUUGCAACUGCUGCAAGUUGUCAAUACGAUUAUUCUAGAUGACAUCGAACUUCAAGAGAACUUAUGUUUCGUUGGCGGCAUUCCGAUUAUCACGAAAUUUGCAGCCCGGCAGUACUCUAAUGAAAUCCGCUUAGAGGCUGCAGCCUUCGUAAGACAGAUGUACCAAACAUCCACCCUAACAUUGCAAAUGUUCGUUAGUGCUGGCGGUCUCAACGUUUUAGUGGAGUUCUUGGACGAAGACUAUGAUAGUGCAAGAGACCUUGUGCUUAUCGGAGUCAAUGGUAUCUGGAGUGUAUUCGAGCUUCAGGGACCUACCCCAAAGAAUGACUUCUGUCGGAUAUUCUCUCGAAGCAAGAUCUUGGAUCCUCUUGCUUUAGUUCUCCAUCGCGUCCUUGACGAGGAUUCUGAGAACGAGCUCACAGAAUUGAUUGAAGGUCGUAUAGUAAACAUCUUCUAUCUCUUCUCACAGGCUGAGAAUUAUGUCAAAGAGAUGGUGGCUGAUCGACAAGUCUUGAAGAGCAUUCUAAAGGAUCUACGACGUAUGACGCCCGCUCAUCAGAUUACUAUGUUGAAAUUCAUCAAGAAUCUUUCCAUGCUAUCAACGACUCUCGAAGCUCUCCAUGCGGCAGAUGCGAUCGAUCUCCUUAUCGAGUUAUUAAGCAAUAGCAUGAAGAAUGGCCAUCCUCACUUCCGCGAGAUUUCGAACCAGGUACUCAAUACAAUGUUCAAUCUCUGUCGUCUGAGCAAGGAUCGCCAAGAGUAUGCAGCUGUCAAUGGAAUUAUUCCUUUGCUAUUAGAGAUUAUGAAGACAGAUCGACCCCCGAAGGAGUUCGCCCUGCCUAUUCUAUGCGACAUGGCCCAUUCAGGAAGCAAAGGCCGCCGUUUCUUAUGGCAAAAUAGGGGCUUGGACUUCUAUAUAUCUCUUUUGGCAGACCAGUAUUGGCAGGUUACAGCACUGGACGCUAUUUUCGUUUGGUUGCAAGAAGAGACCGCCAAGGUCGAAGGCCACCUUAUUAACUGUCAAUUCACCGACGCAAUUGUUUCUUGUUUUAAUACGCACAAGAUCAAUGCAUUUGACUCUAAUCUCUUAGAACCUUUGUUAAAGGUUCUUCGUCUAUCACCAUCAUUGGCCUCAUCACUGGCCAAAUCGGCGAUGUAUUCGGGAAUAGCGCAGAAGCUUUCCCACAAGAAGGCCGUUGUCCGUUUGAACCUUCUACGUCUUGUUCGAAACAUACUCGAAGCACGGGAAUCCGAUUACUUUGCAGACCUGAGAAACAAGCAACUCGGAUCAUUAGUGGAUGCUAUUAGAAUCCUUGCUGAAAAGGACUCAGCUGUACUAGUGAGAAACUUAGCAUCUGAUCUGGUUGCCCUUAUAGAUGGGACUCCGGAUCAAUUCGCCGUGCCCACGUCGGCGCCACCGACUGCAUCUUCUAACCGCACACGAUCUGGGGGGAGGCGCAUAUAUACACCCCCUUCCCUCCAUUCUUCUACCUCCAUGCCUAUUACGCCUACUCAAGCCUCUCGCGGCUCCCACGCCCACUUGCAAUCAGCCGCGUUCAUUGAGGUGGCAUCAAGCUCUAGAAGAUCGGCUGCUUCUCUCGCCCCAGAACGCGAUCAUGUUGCAUACCGUCCUAGAAGUAGAGAUGAUCUCGCUAACAACGCCAGUGCACAAGCGAGUAUCCCCCGCCGAGCAAGUGGUGAUAUACAGGCAGGGAGUAGCCUAACUUCUAGUAAGAGCAGAGCACCAAGAACCCCAGGCAUCUACGUCUCCCGACCUAGCUUAGGCGUCCCUACGGGUGCAUCCCGAAGCGAAAGUUUGAUGUCCAAUAAGGAAAACAUCGAAGGCGCCGCAGAGGUGCCCCGACGACACGCGAACAGACUAUCUGUAUCAGAGUCGGGAAAUGUCGCUACCACCGGUGCUAGUUCAUCAACCCGAUCUACGUCCGGAAAACAGCGACGAAGCCGCGCCCCUAGUGAGGGCAAGCAAAAGUGGGGCGCUUAGUCAUGCCUUAUUAUUUACCCCUUAUAAUAAGGGACACUACCAAGAACAACGAGGUUCGAAACAAAUGUUUACAAUGAAUGAGGAUUGCAUUGGUGAAAAGAAACUCUAAGAAUUCAUAUGGAAACGAGGACGAUAUCACCCCGAUGUUUUAUACGACCACCAAGACUAUUACAAAGAGAAGAGACACAUUGCAUUUUAGGAGAGGAUUUUGGAAGGAUACGCAUAUGCACAGGUUCAGUUCAAUAGGUAGGUUGGGGGAUAUGAAUACUUGCAUGGUAAGGGAUACCAAUAAACCCAAUGAACUGGACGAGGAGGAGCUUUAGCAUAACGGAUACCAAUGUAGCAGAUGAGGCUGUAGCCUGCCGCUAUGCGCGAGUUUUUUGUAUGUGGCAGGUUUGUGUGUACUAUGUUAGGUAUAUCGUGGCUAUGGCUGCGAUCAUGUGAAUAACUUUUUCUUUUUGGAGA